AUGCCACGGUUAUAUAGAUCAGAUGAUAUUGGUAAUGGUACUCUGCAGUUAUUUGUGAGAGGAAAAUGGGUUGAUGUUGUCGAUAUCGGUCAAUGGGAUGCAAAUGAUGCUAUGGUUACUUGUAGACACCUUGGAUUUCCCAAUGCUGUGUCGGGUGUAGCCAUACCACGGUUAUAUAGAUCAGAUGAUAUUGGUAAUGGUACUCUGCAGUUAUUUGUGAGAGGAAAAUGGGUUGAUGUUGUCGAUAUCGGUCAAUGGGAUGCAAAUGAUGCUAUGGUUACUUGUAGACACCUUGGAUUCCCCAAUGCUGUGUCGGCUUGGACUUUGGAGAUGCAUGUACCAGUCACCGCACCUGGGACUGUAGUGAAUUGCCAAGGCAGUGAACUGUCUCUUAGCGAAUGUGAAAUAACUAUAAAGUGGAUGACGUAUACUAACUAUACCGGAGUGACAUGUGACAUCGCUUGGACUUUGGAGAUGCAUGUACCAGUCACCGCACCUGGGACUGUAGUGAAUUGCCAAGGCAGUGAACUGUCUCUUAGCGAAUGUGAAAUAGCUGUGAAGUGGAUGACGUAUACUAACUAUACCGGAGUGACAUGUGACAUCGAUGAUUGCAAACCAAAUCCUUGUCAAAACGGUGGACUUUGUGAAGAAGGAUUGAAUAAUUACACUUGUCAUUGUGUUGGUUCAUUUAUGGGUCGUCAGUGUGAAGAACUCGUUUGGUUUGGUUUAAACGAUAUUGUGGUAGAAGGCAAUUGGGUGUUUGUGGAUGGUGAACCAAUUGGAUAUUCUAACUGGCACUGGGCUUGGCCAAAGGUUGAUGUCAACAAAAAUUGUGGACUUUUGUAA